AUGGAAAAUUUCACGCGUGGAUAUGAAAAAUUUGGUUUUAAUGUACUUCCAAACAACACUAUUGUCUACAGAGAAUGGGCACCUAGUGCAAAAACUGCGAGUUUAGUUGGUGAAUUUAAUAAUUGGAAUGUUAAUGCCCAUCAAAUGAGAAAAAAUGACUUUGGAGUUUGGGAAAUUGAGAUUCCUCCAAAUCAUGGUACUCUAGCAAUUCCACAUAACACUAAAAUAAAGCAAAAAUCAACAACUGUUGGCGCUACGAAAGAACAAUCCAUUCUCAAUCGAGUUUAUACUGUUGUUGUAAUUUCAUGGUUAUCUAUCACAUUGAAAACAUAA